AUGAUUGAAAAUCCUUUCGUAGUAGACAUCCCUAGACAUCUAGUCCUGCUCAAACGUAUACCCUACAAGGAACUACAAGGACAUUGCAAAUCGGGGAUUAUUCAAACGGGACCUCCUAUCGGAUCGUGGAUUCAACAAUUCAUUCCAGAAGUCGUCUGUCUUGCACUAGAUCUAAGCACGCAUCCCUAUCUUAUCUCGCCAAAACCUCCUAUUUGCGUAUUCUCUACCAUGCUCUUCGAUCACGAUCUACUCAGAUAUCUCACACAUCAUGCUACCACCCCAAAUCCCAAAGCGAUUUGA